GUUAAUACAAAAGGGGUCAUAAUGUUUUUAGGAAUAACAAAGUAAAUUUUGGUUUGAAUUUUUCUUUUUCUUUUUCCGAAAGUAAGAUUAAGGAGUGAUUGUAUAGUUGACACUCACUACUCACGAGCAAUGAAGCAAGAUCUGCCUGUAUCUCUUCAGCUAGAAUUUGAUAAAUUUUCACACUUUUGAAGGCAAAAGGGAUCCAGACGGAGCCCAUAGAUAAAUGGCCGUUUCUUCUUCUUCUUCUUCUGCACUUGUGCUGCCUUCCAUUGCUUCUAGAACUGGAAUUUCGCCUUCCCUUCCAUCCUUACGUUUCCCCAGACGAACCCGGCAAAUAUCCCUUUGUUCAUCAUCAUCUCCCACGCCCAUGGAAGAAGAGCCCUUGCAAGCCGAAGAAUCUCGAUCCAAAUUCACUGAUUUUCCGCACGUCUCCCCGGCGCACAGAGAUCUGAUGGCGGAACUCGUCUCCUCCGUCGAGACCCGACUCCGGCCCGAUCUCCACCCGUGUACCCUCCCGCCCGAUGUCCAAUUCUAUCAAAACCCUAAUGGCUCUGCACUUGCCGCUCUCCAUGUCCGGAAAGGCCUCCCCUCCUCCCCGAUUGAUUUCAUAAUAGGGAGUUGGAUUCAUGGCAGCAAGUUGCCGCCCGGGGGAGUGGAUCUGAACAUAACCACUCUCUAUACAUAUCUGAGACCCUCAACCGACGCGCCAAACUUCCUAAUAGAGUUCAUCCAAACCUCUCCACUGUCUCUGGUUCUCAUUCUUGAUCUCCCUCCUCGAAAGGACCUCGUCAUGCAUCCCGAUUACUUGAAGGUGUUCUAUGAGGACACCCAGUUGGACCGACACAGGGAACGUCUCAUGCUUCUGCCCGAGGUGCGCCCUUACUACUCUCGCUCUCUAUAUGUUCGGGCAUCUUUCUCUCCCUCAUCCAUUCUGGUCUCCAUAGAAGCAAACUCCGUGGAUCGCAUGGAAGAUAUUGUUAGGGAUCAUGUGAGCCCUGUUGCCAAGGAAAUGCUGGAGAUAUGGCUUGAGUUGUGUGCUUGUGCUGAGAGGGGGGAAGUUGGAGUGGAUGAGAGUCGCGAACUAGCGAGGAGGGACCGCGUCUUCAGGAACAAGGGGUUUGAGAUUGAUCUCGAAUCGAGUUACCCCAGGCUUUUCGGGCAGGAGGUUGCAAACCGCGUUUUACGAGUUUUAAGAGACGUUAUCCUCAACGCUUGAGUUAUAUGUGGUCAUGUAUAAUAUUGUCAACCCAUCUCUCUCUAUAUAUAUACCCUGCUUUUGUGGAAUUUUACUGGGUUUGUUGUUGUUGUGAGAUGUACAUUGUUCUGCUGUAUAAACAUAUAUUGUAAUGGUUUUCAAAUGUGUCACUGAAACACAUAUGUAUAGCUUUUCAUUUCAGCCAUGAAUUGAAGUACUUCUUUGUCUGUUCUUGGAAGCCUUCUAUUUUGUCCUAGGCUAGGGUGAUUUU